AUGAGCAACUUGAAUACAUCGGACUCGGUUCCGCCGCCGCCGCGUCCGAUCCGCUUCGUCCAUAACCAAGGACAACCGCCUUCCAAGCGUCGCCGGAUCAAUGCAGCGUGUUUGACCUGCCGAAAACGAAAGACGAGAUGCGCCGGCGAACGACCCUUCUGCUCUACUUGUACCAAGAAUCACCACCGAUGUCUGGGUUAUCCUGAGGAAAUUAAAAAGGAGGAUGGCGAAAAGCAAACACCUACAUCGAAACCCGACCAUGAACGCGACAACCAUGAACCUCACGAUCACCACGAGGACGAAGAUGAGAUCGAAAAGCCCAACCUCCACGUCCAGCGCACUCCCGACGCUCCUGCUCCACAAACAAUCCCCCAAACAACCACCGAGGCUACUCUGCCGCCCGCGAAACCCAUAGUUGAAACUCCACAAGACGACGAUGUGCCGAGUUUACGUCCACACCAUGGCCACCCUCUGUCCCUGGCCGCCGACCUUCCGCCCUCUCCCACUACGGUCCGUCGCUCCGAGAGUCAUCGUGUCCCGUACUUCCGCUACUUUGGCCCGACUGCUAUUGUUCCUGGCUUCAAACAAAUGGUUGUCUCGGUCCGCGAUCGCCGCCGAUCUACCGCUGGCUCGAUGGCUGGAACGUCGCCUGUGUCAACGCAUAGUGGCGCAUUAGGAAGCAGCUCUGCUGCCGAUAGUGAAGUUAUUGGCGAUGAUUUACCAACCUACGACCCCAACGACGCGGCUCCCGUUCAUCCGUUGAUCAUCAAUCUCGUAAAGACCUUCUUUCUACAGAUGGGUUCCAGUUAUCCGUUCCUCAAACAGGCGAGGUUCUUGCGCAUGGUCAAGGAAAAGAGAGUUGAGCCUAUACUGGUUGAUUCGAUAUGUGGUCUGGCUGCAAGGUUCUCGGAUGCUCCAGCCCUCACAAAUGGAAACGACAAGAUGCCGCGGACGGAACGUGGCGCGGUAUUUGCGCAAAGAGCCAGACAGGCUACUGUUGACACUUUCCCAUGCCCGACUGUAGGAGCUGUACAGGCCUGUCUUCUCAUGGCAUAUGAAGGUUUUGGAGCAAGCCAAGACAGCGCUCUUUGGAUGUAUCUUGGCCUUGCUAUCCGCAUGGCUGUCGAUUUGGGUCUGCAAAAAGAGGUUGGGGUUCAGUAUCAGGGUGAAAAAGACCCUCUGUAUGCCCUUCACUGGAGCCGUCAGUCAGGUGAAGAGGAAAGUCCUCAGGCAAAGGCGGAGGGGUCAAGCCCACCUAAUCCUGAAGAGCAAAAGGAGGUUGUCCAGGAACGGAUGGAUACGUUCUGGGCCGUCUUCAUUCUUGAUCGCGUCAUUUCUUCAGGGACAGGCCGGCCUGUAACGUUUCGUGAUGACGAUCUUGAACUCUCAUUUCCUGAGCCCUCGAUUGAUCCGGUCACUCACUGGCCAGCGCCCUACCCCAUCUUCCUCCAGAUUAUCCACCUCUAUGGGCGCGUCUGUGACGUGCUCAACAAGAUCCGCAAUGCGCAGGAUCUUAACAAGGAGACAUGGGAUAGGCUUGGCGAAAUGGAGCAUGAGUUGACCAAACUCUACAAGGGUUGGGACUGGAGGUUGCAGUUCAACGUGAGCAACUUCAAGGCGUACCUCGGUAUGGGCCAGGGAACCACAUUCAUCCUGCUGCACUUUUGGUUUCAUGCGCUGUUCAUCAUUCUUCAUCAGCCUACUCUCCUCACGCCCUUUGCUGAGCUUCGCAGCGAGCUGCAGCUAUUGCCAGACAGCCGCGAGCUAAGCAUGAGCAGCGCCAAGACGAUUUGCGAUAUCUUGUCUUUUGCGGACUUGAUUGAUCCAAAGAGCUUUAUUGGAAACCCAUUCACCAGCCAGCCGAUCUACAUUGCUGCAUGCGCGUUCCUUAUGGAGUCGAGUGCCAACGCCUCCGAGUCUCCAUCCCGAGCUAGCUCACCUCCGGGUUCAAAGCGACUGGAUGUACCACAGUUACCAGGCAGCAAGAGCCGAGAUGCCAAGCCGUCGAGGCAUUCUCUCCUAGCUUCAGCAGCCAACCAGAAUUAUCAAAAGUGCUACAAUUCACUGCAGCAGGUGCAGAUGUACUGGGGUGGUGUCACAUACAUUCUCACAGCUUUGGACCAAAAGGCCAAGGGGAUCUGGGACUGUGAGACAUAUACGACUGAAGAAUACGAGAGCACCAAGUUGCCUCGCAGGGGCAGCAGCGCCGCUCUAAGCAACCCAUUCCCAAGGUUCGAGAAUCAGGCUUCACCAAAGAUGUCUGGGCCACCCAUAGCGUGGAGCCUGGCAGGAACAGCCAACUCUCCCAACUCGAGCCUCACACUGAUGUAUCAGAAUAUUGAUUCAGCUGCCAUGUCAAGCGUGCAACCAAUGCAAGCAAUGAAGGCGCCCAGCACUCCUCCAGGUAACAUGGUCUAUGACCCCAUCCGUCAGAGCCUACCAGAUUCGACGAGUUUGCUGGCACCGGCUUAUCCUCAACCCAACAUCUCAGCGGUUAGACAGACUUCUCGGCCGUCAGUGCCCCGACGACAUUCAAACAUGUCAGCAACAAGCGGGCAGAGUCGACCGACUGUCAAGUUUGACGGGUUGCCCGACGGCGACGGGACCGAGCUUUACGCAGGCCCAAAGUUCACACCUUCGAGCCAACAAUCGAAUGGAUUCGAUACAUAUAGUGUCUCUCCACCAGCCGCCAUGAGGGAGAAUGGGGGAGUGAAUGUGGCCACCACGCUCUCAGGGGCAAACAACAUGGCAAAUGGCACGGCCAACAUGUACUUUGGCCAAGGCAACUUUCCCUACCAAAUGCCUUGGGCUGCUCCAAUGGGAAACAUGGAUGCCAUCACGUUUGACAGCCAGGACAUUGAUAUCGGUGCUUUGGGGUUGCAGCAACCAGAGCUGAUGGCUCCAUGGAUGGGUUAUGUUCCUGAGGGUGUGCUGGGAUUUUUUGAGCCCCCUGAUAUGAACCAGGGCAACCAAUGA